CCUCGGAAACCCGGCUUCGGGGCUGCGGGCUCGCGCCGCCGCCCCGGCCCUGCGAGAGGGAGAAGAUGCCUUUCCACCAUGUGACCGCUGGCCUGUUGUACAAGGGGAAUUACCUCAACCGAUCUCUGUCUGCUGGCAGCGACAGCGAGCAGCUUGCUAACAUCUCGGUGGAGGAGCUUGAUGAAAUCCGAGAGGCCUUUCGGGUUCUGGACCGAGAUGGGAAUGGCUUCAUCUCCAAGCAGGAGCUGGGAAUGGCCAUGCGCUCCCUGGGGUACAUGCCGAGUGAGGUGGAGCUGGCCAUAAUCAUGCAGCGCCUGGACAUGGACGGGGAUGGCCAGGUGGAUUUUGAUGAAUUCAUGACAAUUCUUGGCCCGAAACUGGUGUCUUCAGAAGGCCGUGAUGGUUUUCUUGGAAACACAAUAGAUAGCAUAUUCUGGCAGUUCGACAUGCAGAGGAUAACUCUGGAGGAGCUGAAGCACAUCCUCUAUCAUGCCUUCCGGGACCACUUGACAAUGAAGGACAUCGAGAACAUCAUCAUCAACGAGGAGGAGAGCCUGAACGACACCUCGGGGAACUGCCAGACAGAGUUUGAAGGCGUGCAUUCCCAGAAGCAGAACAGACAGACCUGCGUCCGCAAGAGCCUCAUCUGCGCCUUCGCCAUGGCCUUCAUCAUAAGCGUCAUGCUGAUCGCCGCCAACCAGAUCCUGCGCAGCGGCAUGGAGUAGCAGCCCGCCGGCAGCCGGCCCCAGCUCUCAGUGCAUGCGCACGCCCUGCGGGCACUCUCCUCCUCAAAAGCAGAUUUGGACGUUGCAGGCGUGGCACAGUUCAGCGAAGAACCCAAGGUUGCAGUGCAACCCGUGUUGCAAGUCCACUUCAUCUCCUUGGCAGGGACACAAAAGGGCUGUCUUAAAUGCUUUAAUGGUUUUGUUUCCUAAUGCAAUAAAAUAGCCAGGAGUUCCGAAUGAUUGCUUCAACCACCUGCAGGAGCUCCGAAGAGAAACUUCAUUGUCAUCUCGGAUUCCAAUGGCCCUCCAGACCGACGGUGUAAGAGAGCAAGGGAGAGGCGUGAACACGCAGUCACCUCCCCACCACAUUCUUUAAACCCAGGGGUCAACUGGAGACACCCCCCCCACCUGCAGGGCAACCCAAAGGAUGACUUCGGAGUUGCUGCAGAAUAGGGGGCUCUCCGCUUGGCCCUGGCUUUCUUCCUCUACCUAGUGGAGCCCCCCAAGGCGUGAGGGGAAAGCCGUCGGAUGGGGUGCAGGACCUGGCAGCCUGCAGCUGCUCCCAUGCUUCCAUUCCUACAGCCUUUUCUAUAGGACUCUAGUUGGCAGAGUUGGGGAGUUCUCGGUUUCCAUCUGCACCUGGCUUUCUGUUCCUAGAGCCCAUCACGCACCAGCAUUUUGGAAUGUGCAGAGAGCCUUCCUCCCAGCUUUGCUGCCUGUGCUGCCGUUAAAGAAAAAAGAAGCAUAAUCGUGGGCAUCUCUAUAAUAACAGGCACGUAGAUAGACGUAUAUAUUUGGCUUAUCCUUCCCUAAUUGCCUACUCCUCGUAUAAGCUUGUCCUCCGACGCUCCCUGCCUCUCUGGAAUGGGAGCGGUAGUUUGGGGGACAGGGGACUGAGACUGGUGGUGAGGAGGUGUUGCAGCCCAAACCACGUCAUCCGCAGCGAUGGACCCCGCACACAUCUCCCUGCCCGAAGACCUCUGUGAGUUAAGGUCCUUGUGCAUCUUACCUUUUCCUCAUCUGACGAUUUGCUUUGUAAGUUAGUCUUCCCCAGCAUUUCAGAGUGGAAAGAUCCAGCUACAGUAUUUUAUAGAACACCUUCAGGCAUUCAGAUCCUGCAACUGACUCCCGGCCAUGAGAAAAAACAAAAAGAUGUUCCUAAGCUUAGCCAACAGGACAGGUCAUGGACUCCUGCCUGCAGAAGGUGUCCGUUGGGGAAGGAAACUGAAUCCAGUAGUCUGUUUUCAAUCAACACCAUUUCAAGUCUGUAAUUUCCUGACGUUCCCUCGAUGUCGUAUCAGCCACCACUGUUAAUUCAAGCCUUCAUAGCCUGAUUAGCCAACAACCUUGCAGUGGAAGAUUUCCCUUUGUACUUUUCCAAGCUCAGGUCUUUACUUCUAUGAUGGAAUAGUCUCGCUCCUUUCUUCCUGUUGCAUCGAAAGCUACAUGCUUUCCCCCUUUCCUCCAGUACUGAGGCGCCAGAGUCUGUCCUCUCUCCCUGCAGCCAGGCAGGCUUUGUGGUGGGGGUGUGUUGCUGAACCCCUCCUCAAGCCCCUCCUUCCUCUCCACUUUCUCCCUGCUGCCUUCUCAGACUUGGAGCAUCCAAGGUCUCAGUUUAGGGUCUUUUUCCAAUUCACCUCUGCAAGCGCUUCGGGCAACAGCCUGGGGCAGCUGUAGGAACUUCUCCUCCGUGGGAGGCCCAGCAUAUCCGUGGUGAUGAGCACAAGAAAAACUAGGGUUUGAGCCAUAGUACGGAGGAGGGAGCAGGUGUAAGCUUUUGAGAGCCCCUUGGUUUGAGAGUCUCUCUGUGAAAAUGCCUGGGGUCCCGCACAUCCAGACCCGGAAAGCACCAGCCUGCCUGCCCCUCCUGCCUGCCCUGCCCUGUCACAUACACCCUGCCCGUCUGCCUCUCCUCUCUCCCCUUCCCUGACUCACCACGCUCCCCCCCAUCAGAAUCCUGAACAAGAACAGGUCCAAACACAGCUUACUAAUAGGACAGCUUCACCAUUAGCUCCUGCCCAAAGCAGGUGGCCCUCCCUCUCUCAAUUGCACUUGGGUGGGAAGGGCCUCCUGAACCACCAGACCAUGUAGUACUGGGGAGGGAGGUGGUGCAGGAUCCUAAGUAGACUGGGUAGAGACCUCAGGGACGAUUCUUAAAGGACCAUGCCCAGGAGAGGGGAUGGCAAUGCAGUAGGUGAGGCUGGACUUGAGGGCUAUGAAAGGGUACUUCUCCAAAGGCUGCUGCUCUGCAGGCUCUCCUGCCUCCCCCUGGAGAUUGGGGACCCUGAAGGUGAGGGUUAGCCUUUGUUGGAGGACAGACUAGCCACCAUGCAGGGGUGGAGAUGAAAAAGAGUUCUGGGAAGGCACCAACAGCCUGUUCCUUGCAAAGUCCUUAGCAUCUUUCCCCAAAGAAGACUUCUUUCCUCUCCCAGUGACCCAGUGACUGGGAAGCCAGCCAUCCCACCUGGAGAAAAUCUAGGGGAGUGCACCCCUUGUGGGGGUUGCCAGGGAGAGAGGACACAAAGGAAGCCACAGAGCUCUCUUUGAUGGCUAGAAGUUAACCUCCUCCAUGGUAACCUCCCAUGUGCCACCCACGGCCUGCAGCAUGUGGAGACACCCAGAGCAGUGGCCUUCCUGAGACUUCAGGAACUAAGGGUCGUCCUGGUGACUUGCUUUGCCUGGAUGGUCUGUCAAGGGAGUUGGGCUUCUCUGUCAGGCAGCUCAGGAUGUUGACUUCCCACAGCCCCACCCCCAGUCCUGUCCACGCCAGUGCUACCGCAGGGCUCCAUGCCCGUCAGCACCCUUGCCACAGGGGUCAUGAUGCCCAUGGAUGAAUUCUAGAAGGUUCUGGUCCCUAUGCCUUGUGGCCCCGGUGGUAGGUCAUCUCUGCAGGAAAGGAGAGGAGGACCCAACUCUCCCUCUGUACUCCCAGCUAAUAGACAGAGAGGUCUAUUCUGGGGCUGCUGAGUGACUGGCAAACUGAGCUUGGCUCAUUCUUGUUGCAAGAAUGGGUGCCCCCCACACCACAUAGGGAUGAUCAAAGGGGCGUUUUGCCUGUGAGACUAAGGACACAGAUCCUGAUGCCCUUGGCCCCAGAGAAGCUGUCACCCAUCACUCCGGAAGCAGACAGAGCCCCCAAACAGGACCCAGCAUGGGAACUAUUAGCAGUGACUUUCAGAAUGUGUGUGUAGGUCCCAUGUGACCAACCUGUUAAAAAAAAAAAAAGAUGUUGCCAUGGCAACCCUUGCAUUCCACCCUGAGUUUGCCAAGGCGCACAAAAAUAGAGAACAUUUUCUUAAAGAACACUUGGGUUCCGCCUGAUUGCAACCCCACUCCCUGCAUCCAUGUCCUGCUGGUGGGGGAAAUUACCCUUAACCGAUCUCAUGGUUUCCCUGCCUCUCUCGUGUUUGAACCUGCCCUCCCAUUUGCUCAGGAGAAAGGAGCUGCCUGUGAGCCAGGUGGCAUCCUCCCUACUCUUCCCCUCCCCACCUCCCAGGGCCCAGAGCAAGGACCUCUUAAUGGGGUGAAAAGUCAGAAAUGUCAUCCUCGAGGCAAAACCUAUUUUAAGCUCAGUCUUCAGAAGCAUCUGUUUGCUGGUUAAGAAGCUCUCCCACAAACCAGAAAUGUGAACUGAAGUGAAUCGAGUUUGGCAUGUGGUCUUGGGCAAGUCCAGUGGUUUCAGAAGAUUCUGGGUGUUUUAUUUGCAGAGAAGAUGUGUCCUGCGAGUCUUCAUUCUUGACACCUGCUCCUGUCCCAGAUUUCACGUGACAAAUGGGCUACUCCAGCGAUUUUCAACCUUUUCCAUCUCAUGGCACACAUAAACGAAUUACUAAAAUUCUGCAGCACACCCCAAAAUACACUUUUUGCCUAUCUGACCAAAAAACAGGCGUAAUUUUGAUUCAUUCACACCAGAUGGCUGGCUGUUGUUGUGUUGGCUGUUGUCAUUUUUUUAUUUGACAACCUAAGGGAAGAGAGGUCAGUGCCCCUGGCUGGUCAGGUAUUGCGUGCUGUAAAAAGCCUUGCGGGGCUCCUAGUGAGUCUCUUGUCUGCUCUCUCGCAGUUAGCCAGAGGGAGCUAAUGAAAGAUGGAGAGCUCAUUUUGGUAAUAAUGCCCCUCCCAACCUCCCAUCCAUGGCAUCAUAAAGUGAUAUAUCUAAGAACUGGGAAGAAGAAAUCUAUCUUUUAUUCCAAAUGCCUUCCAGACUCAGAUCAUAAAUCAAAGAGACGUUUGCUCUUCACCAGUAGCUCGAGCGUCCCUGGGACCACAUGAGGGCAUGCCCAGAAGAGUGCGGUGUGGCUGCUCGGCACGGCGCCUUGGCUGGGCUGGCCCGGCCAGUGGCCUGUGCCCUGGAACCCUGCUCCACUUACUGCGCCCCUGCUCUCCACCCCUGCGGGAGCUGCUGAGCCCUGCUCCUCCCAGCCGGAGGCCUCAUUUUACUGCACUAUUUCCCCAAAGGCCCCUAGUGAUCAUGUUUCUCACCCCGUCCCACUGCGAUAUAGAGAAGGUCUUGAACCCCACUGUAAAAAGGAGAUGCCCCUUUUCUCCAACACCAUGAUGAUGCAGAUGGACUGAGCUUAAGCUUCUAGACUUCGGCACAUACCAGUUAUGUUUCCAGGAGGACUGCACAGCUGCCUUCCCUAGAGAACAUCUGUAUGGAAUGACUGCAGGUCAGUGACCUCUCAGGGCUCAAAGUCCGUAACCUAGAGGCCUUGCCAUAGCCAUCCUCCCUCACCACCUCAUGGCUUGAUGCCCCCAGGAUGGAAAAAAUCCAUCAGAAAUAGAAAAGAAACGUUAUUCAGCAGCUAGGGGUUUCCAUCUGAAUUAUUUAAAGCGAUGGCAAAAGAGAGGAGCAUUUGGGCUGCCUCUUACGGACCCUGUGUCCAUGACAAUUUAAGUGUCAGAACUGUUCAGCUUCACUCCAUCUUUCCUUGACUAAGUCACUCAGGGGACUGUUCUCAGUUAUGUGGCCUUGCCAGAGACACUCGAUUUGGAGGAGUAAGGUCAAGUACACAAACCAGCCAAGCACUUCUCUUAGUAUCCUACACUCGUUGCUAAUGCACACUGUCAUUUUUACAGCUAUGGUUCCCACUUAAUGUUGGUUUGGGGUCCUUUUUCUAUGGUCUCAAGGGACGUUAUAACAAUGCUCGAAAAGUCUUCAAGGCAAAAUUAAUUUGAUUCAGUUGGCUUGAAAUACAGCCACAAAGAAUCAGGUUUUGCUAUUCCCAUAAAACAGUUCUCUAAAACUGGAAAAGACUUGCCCAGCCUCCCACCCCUGAGCCCUACCGUGGGUCGCUUGCUGAGCAGGCCCCAACCCCCGUGCUGGCACCUCCCUCACCCACCUUGUUUCCUGAGCGUGAUGGGUUGGCUUUCAAACAGAUGCUCCUGACAUUGUUAGAAGUUAUUGUCCAAGUGAAAGGAUGCAGAGGCUGGAAUUUUCCAGUGGAGUAGAAGAGCAGAAUAAUUAGGAAGGAAUAUUCCAGGGAAUGCAAAAUUCAAGUAUGUUGUUGCUCCAUCCCUGGACCUGAGAGAGAAAAAAGAAAGUUUCUCAAGGGCUGCAGAGACUGGUCUCUGAACUUGCUCCCUGUAUAUCUGGCCUGCUUUGGGAACAUACAGGGCAUUUGGGAACAUACAGGGCCCCCACGGGGCUGCGGCCCAUCAACCUGAUCCUGAUGACAUGCCCUGGGAAUUUCAAGAGCAGGAGGGUUGCUCGAGUCUCCUUGGGUGAUGUUGACAUCUGCCAAGCCCAAAAUGCCUCUUCCAGGGCUUUUCGUCUGGGCUCAGACUUGUUGAACUGAAGUCAGGGGAGCAGAGCAUAAAACCAGAAGUGUGGACAGCACUUUCAGCUGAGAAGGGCACAGGAGGCAGGACCUCAGAUGCCCCUGCCACCCACCAACCUGAUAAUUGAGUGACUUCACUUCUUUGGCCUCAGGUUUCUCAUCUCUAAAGCAAGAGGAAAGGUAAACCAGAUGACCCAGAAGAGCCUUCCCAUUGUGACUGCUUGUCUGAAACAAAAUGAAUUCCCAUACUUGAGAGGGCCCUUAACUUAUAUCCCCUAUGAAUUACACUAGAGACUGAUGGUUUCUCUUGUAUCACAAGUGCCAAGAGGCAGUUUUAAUCAAGUAUCUCUUGUCUAUAGGCGAAACAAUGCAAAUUGGCUUAUAUCAAAUGUGUUGUAUCUUGCGUGCAAGAGGUUUUAUUUACUUCCUAAUGUUUUGCUGAUUCAAGGGAGCAUCCUGGAUAAGUCCUGGCUCAGCCAGUGUGAAAAUUAAGAGGAUUUGAUCACCUUACUACAGGUGACAUGAAUCAGAACACAUGCAGAAGUAGGGUGAACCAAAGCCAGAUUCCAGGAAAAGAUGCUUGUUUCUCUGACUGAGAAAGCCCAAAGAAGCUGCUGAGUAAAGAGCACAACUUCUGGUCAUUUCUUUCUUUCCUUGUUUUCUGGCCACUGGAACAGCAGUUCCUGUAUAUGUGAUUGUGGUUUGCAGUUAUUUGUGACACUGCCGAAGGAAGAGGGUCGUGUGACCUCUGGUGACUGUCAAGAAUUAGAUGAACAGUCUGGGGCGACCAGCUGUCUGCGCUUGCCCGUUAGCUGGCUGGUGAGUGACGUUGUGCACAGGUGCCUGCUGUUGAUGGGGUCCAAGCAUGACCAGGGGUAGAGGGCAGGAAGAGAGGGGCUGCAGGAGCCCCCAAAGUCUCCAGCCUUUCUGCCCCAUGACAGCAUGACCUCCUAGGUUUCUGUCCUUUUUUGUUCUUUGUUUUCAUUGCUCUCCUUCCCUGGAAAGACCUAGAUUGGCCAGGAAAGGACCCUCACAGCUCCUGGUGGAAAUUUACACAAGUCCGUGUCUCUCAGCUUCCUCCAAGGAAAAUCAAAGGAUAUUCUUUCUUUCUGAUCUGGAAAUCAGGUUGCAGGAGUCCUUGAAUGGCUUCUUAACGGGGUUUGAUUUUUCCUCCCCAAUUCUGAAGCCAAGAAGAAGCUAUUUCUCCAAGGACUAACCAAAGACAAUGCCCUUGGAGGGGAAUCAGACCCGAAAAUCUGGUCAGGGAGCAGGGUUGGCAGAUGAUCUGGGGUCAGGGGAGUCACUGCAAUCCUAGGGCGCAUCAGAGUUGAGACGUGAAUUUUUUCUCAAAGCACAGUAGUAAAUGGCUGGAUGCAAACCGGAGUGCAGCUGGGGACUGUUACAACCAGGACAACUGGAGCUCAGCCACUCUCAUGUCCAGAGUGGGCCACAAAGACUGAAAUCCUGGGUCCCAAUCCUCCCGUUACCUCAUUCUUGUCUCUCCCCCCCCCAUUUAGUAUUGGUUGAUGAUUCCUGCUGUUAAGCGAUGAGAGAGUCUUUUGACUAGCAGA